AUGUCAGGAAAGUUUGAGCCCAAGGCUCCUGUCAACCUCAAUCCUCCAAAAGACGAUCCUAUCUCCGCCGAAGAGUUGGCCAAAGCAAACGGCGAAGACGGUGGGAAAUGCUAUGUGGCCAUCAAGGGCAAGGUGUAUGAUGUGACUGGCAACAAAGCGUACCAGCCUGGCGGCUCAUAUCAUGGCAAGGACGCUUCGAGAGCUCUUGGGAAGACAUCUACCAAAGCACAGGAUGUAAGCGCCGAUUGGUCCGAUCUCGACGACAAGGAGAAGGGCACGUUAAACGACUGGGUGACAUUCUUCUCCAAGCGCUAUAAUGUCGUUGGCGUAGUGGAAGGCGCUACAAACAUGGAGUAG